AUGGAUUAUGCUCAUUCAGUCGCUUCAAGCGUCACUCAUUCAGAACUUCAUGGAAACGAGAUCUCCGUCAGUUCACGCUCACCGAGAAGCUACAUCUCUCCUGCCGCAUCACUUGAUGACGAUACAGAACAUCCUAUACCCAUUGAGCCUAAUCGCAGGUCGUUGGAAGACGAUGUCCAACCGCGAGACCCGGCGGCUAGAGUGCCUGCGCACAGGAACCUGGAGUGGUGGGAUGUUGCGGCAUUGAUCAUCAACAAAAUGGUCGGGACUGGAAUCUUCACUGGCCCAUUUGCAACGAUGUACUACACAAGGAGCAAGGCGCUGACCAUGGCCUUUUGGGUGAUUGGUUUCUUGUACACGCUGCUCAGGUAGGAUGUCGACGCAUGGAUGGGGAGUGGGCAUGCUGAACCCGUCAUAGUAUGUGCCUCUAUCUCGAAUAUGCUCGGGAUUUGCCCUACACGGGGGGAGAGCUGGUUUAUCUAGACCACAUCUUCAAGAACAAAUUGCCCCGAUUGCUGCUGUAUACUUGGUGAGUGUUCAGUCGUUUGCAUAUGGUUCGCAAUGAGCUCAUCGACAUUCUAGGUACACGUUCUACUUUGUCAUCCUGUACACCACUUGCACCAACAGCCUGCAAUUCGCGAGGUACACACUUAUCGCAGCAGACGUGCACAACCUCAAUCCCGACAGGAGGCUUGUGUGCUUCGUCGCUUUCUGCAUCACUACAUUCAUAUGUCUGCUGCUCUACUUCGACUCACUGACCAGCCGCUAUGUGAACGCUUCGACCGCAUUGGCUAAAGUUGUCCUGCUGAUCUGCACUCUUGCUGCUGGCUGCUGGUAUCUGGGAGACGUUGGCGGACACCCCAAUUCUUGGAUAGAAACGCUCGAGAUGAGCAAUCCGCCGAAGUUCGGAUGGACUGAAGGGCUGCUGCUGGUAUUCUUCAGCUUCCACGGAUGGGAGAACGCGACAUUUGUGAGUAGCUUCCAAGCGAUCACGAAUACGGGUGUAUACUAACUCAUAUGAGGUCGCUGGUGAGAUACCAAAAUACUCCGUCUUGAGGAACGGCUUCAUCGCAGCUGUGGUCACCGUUGGUGUGCUCUACACUGCCAUUGUCGCAGUGUUCUGCUCGACUUUCCCACCAGAUGCACUGCAGACCGAGCAAGCGCAAGAUCGCUUUCGCAACUAUUUGCCUUUGUGGCUCGGAGACACCGCUCGUGCGCGACAGGCUGCCGCGAUCUUGAUUGCACUUAGUGCGGCUGGGUCCAUGAUCAGUGUUGCCUAUACUUGCGUCAGAGUCAAGCAUAUCGUGGGCUGGGUGAAUAUCCUGCCGCUUUCCAACCUUUGGAGAAGGACCGACCUCUCCCGACACAUGCGAUAUUUGCUCCCUGGAUUUGGACAAGAUUCGUGGCAAAGCUCAGUCAACCAAGCGAUCGCUGUGCGUAGAGGAGCUCCGGAGGGUGGUCUCAUCUUACACUACAUCGUUUCGGUGAUACUCAUCUGUAUCACCCCGGCAUUUGACACUUUGAACGGAGCAAUUCAGUCUUCGGGUAAUGUUCUGAUCUACGGACAUUUCAUUUACGAAGGUAAGCUUCGCUCGACUCGACAAUGAAGAGGUAUGCUCUGACAAGAAAUAGCCGCCGUCGGUCUAGGUUAUGCCUUCUCCAUCGAACCAAAGAGAAGAGAAGAACGAGAGAUUCCAGCAAAUGAAUGGAAUGCACCUGAAGCAUUUCAAUGGUUCACCAAAAAUCGACGAGGUCUCAUUGCGUUGGGCUCUACUACAGCUGCUGUCAGCUUGUUCAUUCUGGCCAUUGAGUUGACCCAGCCUUUAGGCAGAUGGUACUUCGUAACAAUAGUCGCAGUUACUUUCCUGUCAAUGGUGUACUGGGCAAACAUCGUGUGGCUCAGGAAAGGCUCCAAAACAUCUCGGUGGUUGGGUCUUUCGUUCCAACCGCAGAUUCACGGCAAGGAUGACUACAACAACCCAUGGCGGCAAUGCUCGCAAUGCGCACGCUUGCCAGGACGGACACCACAUCGCCACAGAGAAGACGGGUACUUGAACUACAACGAGGUCUCUUUCCUCGGCACUAAGUCAGGUCGUUUGAUGGAGGCGGUGGCCCUUUGGUUCACGGGACACACUGCAAGCCCGAUGAAGGAAGACUUGGAGCAUGAGUUGGACGGUGAACCAUGCUCCGACGAACGAGUCAAUGGCGAAGUAAGGGCAUGAGUACGAGCUGUACAGGCUUGACGAUGGUAAUCGCGUGGGAGACCACCAUUGUUCACCGAGAACUUAUCCAUGGAGCUUCUGCCGCAGAACCGAGCCGCAUAAAUCGAGCCGCCCUCGAGCUUGUGCCCUACGUGACACAAGGCGUGUGCGGCCUCUUUGCGCGUAGCUGUGACGCGUCGUGGCCCAGUCAUCCGCCUCUGACUGCUGCCUCGUGUCGGAACCUUGUACAUAACGAGGCUCUGCUGGCUAGCCGGCUCUUCUGUCCCCUCUCUCAUUACGUUUCUGUUCGACUCGAAAGAGCCCAUUAUGGCGGAGCAAACUCCAAUAAAGAUGUACAGCAGGUCCUGGAAGACGACAGACUUGACUGAGUAUGCCCGUGAAGCGCAGGUAAAAGAGGUCCUGGAAAAGCUGUUUCCGUACACGUACGAUCAGAACGGCAAGAAACAACAGCACUUCGACAUCAAGGUACAAACCCGAUCACCUCAGGCGCUUGCUAGCCGGAAGUUGCUAACGGGCGGCUAGUCAAGGACAGGAGGCUUUCUGCGAAUCGAAGCCCCAACGGAGCUGAGCAAGGCAGACAUUGCGGCCUGCUACAAGCGACCUACCACCACUACGCGCCGCAGCACUGGUUUGGCGAAGUACUCUUGA